AUGACCCUCCCCCCCUCCGCCCUCCCCCUCUCCGCCCGCUCCCCCUCCCCACCCGCUCCCUCCGAAUCAUUCCUCUCCGACCUAGACGGCACCGCCCCCUCCCUCAUCGAAACCUCCCCCGGCACCCAUGAUGCUAUCUGGGCCCAGCCGAAAGACGCGUCGGGUUUGAAUUUGGUUAGCUGGAAGUAUGGGGUUGAUGCGGAGGCUGGGGAUGGGGUUGAGAAGCGUGGAUUCAACGCGAUCUCCGGCGUACUCGCCCACCCUACCAAACGCGCCAACCCCCUCCGAAGCUCGCGCCAACCGCUCCCACCUCUCCAGCCCCCACCACCCCUCCCCAAACCGCCUCCCCCCGCAUCAUACGACGCCUACCUCUCCUCCAUCACGCCUUUAUAUGAGAGCUUUGUCGCUAGUCAAGCCGUUUCCAAAGCUGCUGGGGCAGGAGGAGAGCUGGACGCUCGUUCCCCUGCGCCUUUGCACGACCUUCCUCCGCUCGAUAGCGUCCCCGACAUCUUCUUCGACCCUUCUUUCUCUCUCUCCGACCCUUCCAUUUGGUCCCAACUCUCCGCUUCUCCAUCAACAUCUUCUGCCCCAGACUCGGGGGUGCAAGCAGCGCUUUCCUCCCACCUCGACACCCUCGAGCGCCACCUCAUUCACGAAAUCACCCUCCGCACCCCCUCCUUCUUCUCCGCCCUCACCAACCUCCAAGACCUCCACUCCGAAUCCACCUCCUGCCUCACCCACAUCACCUCCCUCCAAACCUCCCUCAAAUCCGUUGGGUCCACCCAAUCGUCUCGUGGGCUCCAGAUCAUCAACGCCCAGGAAGAGUUGAGGGGGUUGAAAGAAGUGAGGGGAGGAGUGGAAGCGCUUGGGGAGGUGGAGGAGAUGUAUGGGAUGGCGGACAAGUUGGUGGAAGAAGGGGAUUGGGAAGGAGGGUUGGGGUGCGUUGAAGAUGUUGUCCGGUGGUGGACCCGCUACGAUCCCCUAUCCGGCGAAUCCCUCCCUCUAUCUACUCUCCCAGCUCUCGCCUCCCUCCCAACCACAAUAACCAACCUCAUCACCAAAACCUCCCACCACCUCUCUUCCUCCCUCGCCUCAUACCUCACUUCCCUCCUCUCUCGGCCCCUCGACCAGCCUCCAAGGGAACAAGAGCUUCGGGGAUCUUUGGCGCCCAUGCUGGAGGGAUUGCUCAAGUGUGGCAAAGCGGGAGGGGUGGAGGGGAUAUGGAGGGAGGUGGUCACUGCGGCGGUGAGGGAAGAGUCGAGAAAGUGGUUACCGGGGAGCGAAGAGGAUGGUGUCAAGAAUCCCGAUGCGCGAGGGGCGAGCUUGGCGCAGUCGUUACAAGGGUUGGAGCAUGAGCAGUUCAUGGAGCUUUGCGACAAGAUGUAUGGGGCGUUGUUGGCGAGGUUGACAAGCGUCAAGACUAUAGGGGGCGUCAUGGAAGAAAUCAUCUCGUCGUCAAACUCCAUCACCCCCAUCUCAAUAUCAUCUUUUCCCCCCGACUCUCGCCCCCUUACUCCCCUCACCCUCACCCUCUCCGAAACCCUGGCCUCCUCCUCCGAACUCGCCCACACCCGCAUCUCCAAAAUCCUCUCCGUCCGCUCCGACCCCCACGCCCUCCUCCCCCUCCCCUCAUUCCUCCACCUAUACACCACCACCACCUCCUUCAUAACCUCCACCGAGUCCCUCUCUGGCAAGUCUGCCACCCCUCUCCGGGGGGUCCUGAAUGCGCAAGCUAGGGGGUUUGUGCAGAGGUAUCAUCAGGAGAGGUUGACAAGCAGUGCUCGGGCGGUGGAGGAGGAGGUUUGGACGCAGGUGGAUGUUGCGAGGGGGGUACAGAGGGUGGUCGAACUGAUUGUUCAGGCGGGAAUGGAAGAUCCUGCCGAGUGCUUUAUCCCUCCAAAGACAACCAUCGCCGCAGAGGACGCAGAGGACAAGACGACGACAAAGCAGCUUGCGGUGGAGGAUCAAAAGUAUUGUUUGGUGAAAGCUACGGCGGAGAGUUUGUUGUUGUUGGGGGACUAUCUGAAGAUUGUGGUCAACCUCGAGUCGGUGGUGACGGAUGUCAUGUCGAGGAUCAUCGAGUUCUUGAAGAGUUUCAAUUCCCGAACAUGCCAAGUCGUCCUCGGCGCCGGCGCCAUGCGUUCCGCCGGCCUCAAAAACAUCACCGCCAAACACCUCGCCCUCGCCUCCCAGUCCCUCUCCGUCAUCGUCUCUCUUAUCCCGUAUAUCCGGGAGUUUGUGAGACGGCAUUUGGGGGAGAGGCAGGCGAUUAUGUUGGUGGAGUUUGAUAAGCUGAAACGGGAUUAUCAAGAACAUCAGAAUGAGAUUCAUGCCAAGCUCGUAGCUAUCAUGUCCGACCGACUAGCCGUCCACUGCGCUUCCCUCCGCGAGAUCAAAUGGGAAUCCACCCCCACCAAAGAAGGCCCAAACUCGUACGCCGAAAUGCUCGUCAAAGAAUCCGCCACCCUCCACAAAGUGCUCUCCAAAUACGUCUCUUCCUCCACUGUGGAGCAUGUGAUGGGGGAUGUUAUCGAGGCUAUUGCGAGAAGGCUGAGUGAGGAGUUUGGGAAGGUGGAGUUGAAGAGUGAGGAGGCGAGGAAACGGAUGUUGCAUGAUGUGGCUAUCAUCUCUAUUCGACUGAAACCGUUAUCCGAUAGAGGGCAGGAGAUAGUACAGCUCGAGAACGCCGUGAGGAGCAAGACGACGCCCAUGAAGACUGCGCCGGUGGAGGUGGAGAAGAAGGUCGAGGAGAAGACGACGGAGAUUGGCGGGAGUGAGAAGGGAAGCGAUGAGGAGAAGAAGGAUAAUGGGGAAGGGGGAGCGGAGGAGGUGGUGGAGAAGAAGGAAGAGACUUCAACAGCGCUGUCGACCGAAACGCCUUCAUCCCCAUCACCCCCAACACCACCAAAGCCCAAUUCCCCCUCACCUGCUACACCAUCAAAAGAAGAUCCUCCAUCUGAGGCCCCCCCGGCACCACCGAAAUCCGCGUCUCCCCCUCCGCCGUCUCCUCCGUCAAGGCCAGCCGCUUCUUUGCCGACGGACGACGCUGAAGUAACCAAUGGUUCUGCGGCUGAGAAGAGCGAGGAGACGACGGUGUCUGGGGAGGCUGCUAGUGUGGUUCUGGAGGAGGUCAAAGGCGAUGCCGGCGGGAAGAAGGAGGAUGGAAAGGAACAAGAGGCGGAAGUCACAGAGAAAGUCGAGGAAGAGGAGGACAAGACGGAGGACGAAAAGGCAAAGGAAGAGUAG